ACCAGAUUCUUCUACCUUUCAAAGCAGGUCUUGAUGCUGCGAGCCAGACUCAACUGCGGGUAAAUUUGGUUGUUCCUCAUGUACAGCAGAAUUCCCAGCAGCCUCUCUUGCUGCUCGCUCGGCAACAUGCUCUCUCCUUCCUCUCCACCCGUUCUCUCAAACAGACAGGCCCAAGUCUCAUGCUGUGGGUUCCGACCCUUUGCCAAUAAUUCAUCGUAAAGCGCCCAGGCAGUGCUCGGAUCACCAUUUUGCAUGGCUGCAGCUAUGAUGUUCCCGUAGUUGCGAGGUGAUGGCUUAACAACCUGCAGAGGAUCAGAUGACGCUACAGCCACGAUCAAUUUGCGACAAGAUGCUAGCGAAAAAAGAUCGUUUACCUUUUUGAGGUCUUGCAGGAUGCCGAGAGCUUCCCGCCACCUUUGUGUGCGGCUGAAAGACUGAAUCAAGAGGCUAUGAGCGCCGGUAUCCAAAGAGGGGAAGCUCUGUCGCAUAAUAUCGUAGACAUCAAAUACUUCUUGGUCAUGGCCGGCCUUUACGCAAAGUGUCAGAUACUGCAAUAGGAUUUUGUAGGAAAGUGUUCCUGUUUCUGUGGCAACAAAUGAAAGCAGAGACCUGCGCCAAAGCAGAACAGACAAGAAAUUUUUCCAACGAAUCACUAAACCUAAGUGCUUCGUGGCAGCAGGUCAUGAGAAAUGACAGCAGUUUCUAUUCCACACAGCAAGUCGUCUUACUUGGCAAUGUCCAACUCUGCCCCAGAGUUCAUCAGUGUACACAACAUGCCAAUGUCAAAUCGUUCUGGACUUCCCAGAGACUCUUUCAGUUCCUUCCACUCCUCAACAGAUAGCGGCUGGUCAGGAGGUUGCAGCUUUCCUGUAAAACAUGUCCUCCUCGCAGGCUCCUUAUGAUGAUUCUCCUCAGGGAGAACACCCGCCUUCCUCUUCAGCAUCUCUGCUGUCCUCUUCGCCGUCCCAGCAGCGAACACGGAUUUUGGGAUGGAAGGAUUUUGCCGAAGAUGAAAGAACACAAGAGGAAAAGAAAUCUGAAGAAAUGGAGCUGUUUGGCAAAUAUUAUUCCGAAUGGAAGGGUGGAAGUAACAAAAACAAAUCCUACAAGAACAUCCCUCGAUUCUACUUUCGGUUACCUGCGGAGGAUGAAGUUUUGCUCCAGAAACUGAGAGAAGAAUCGAGAGCAGUUUUCCUUCAGAGGAAGAGCAGCGAACUAUUGGAUCAUGAGGAACUCCAGAAUCUGUGGUUUCUGCUUGAGAAGCACCAGGUACCUCCAGUGAAUAGUGAAGAGGCCAUGAUAAGUUAUGAAGCCUACCUGCAGGUGGGCGAAUUGGCUGGACCCAAGUGCAACAAAUUCUUCACAGCCAGAUUGUAUGCCAAGCUGCUCCACAGCGAUCCCUACGGCAGGAUCUCCAUCAUGCAGUUCUUCAAUUAUGUCAUGAGGAAAGUGUGGCUGCAUCAGACCCGUAUUGGUCUGAGUCUCUACGAUGUGGCAGGACAGGGCUACCUCAGGGAGUCUGAUCUGGAAAACUAUAUAUUGGAGUUGAUCCCAACGCUACCUCAGCUGGAUGGACUGGAGAAGUCUUUUUACUCUUUUUAUGUCUGCACCGCUGUCCGCAAGUUUUUCUUUUUCCUUGACCCGCUUCGUACUGGAAAGAUUAAAAUCCAGGACAUCCUGGCCUGCAGUUUUUUGGAUGAUUUAUUAGAGUUAAGAGAUGAGGAGUCUAAAGAGAGUCAAGAGUCCAACUGGUUCUCUGCACCUUCAGCUCUCAGAGUCUAUGGGCAGUACCUCAACCUGGAUAAGGACCACAAUGGCAUGUUGAGCAAGGAGGAGUUGUCACGCUACGGCACAGCCACGCUCACCUCAGUCUUCCUCGAACGAGUAUUUCAGGAGUGCCUCACGUACGACGGAGAAAUGGAUUAUAAGACUUAUUUAGACUUUGUAUUGGCCUUGGAAAACAAGAGGGAGCCAGCAGCACUGCAGUAUAUUUUUAAGCUUUUAGACAUGGACAACCAAGGAUACCUCAAUGUCUUCUCCCUCAACUAUUUCUUCAGGGCCAUCCAGGAUCAGAUGAAAGUGCACUGUCAAGUGCCUGUCUCCUUCCAGGAUGUCAAGGAUGAGAUCUUUGACAUGGUGAAGCCUAAAGACCCCUACAAGAUCACACUCCAGGACUUGGUGAACAGUUGCCAGGGUGACACGGUCACCAGCAUCCUGAUUGACCUCAAUGGCUUCUGGACUUACGAGAACAGAGAAGCGCCUGUUGCCAAUGACACUGACAGCACUAACACAGCCAGUAAUGAGGACUCCUAAACAAGAAGAUAAGUGUUCAGGCCACUGGGACAGUUGCAACACACAAAGCGAGAAUGUCUCCAACAUGACUUUUCUUCUUCAUCAGAAUUGGUGUGCUUUUUAAUCAGACCCAAAACAAGUAACAACAGCCAGAACCAUGAAAGAAUUAGCUUUAUUAUUUUGAAAUGAAAACCUGUUGAUAAAAGUGAAAUCCUGCGGUGUUAGGAUGACAUCAUAUCGUCAAGAUGCAUAGAGAGCAUAUAGGCACUAGGAGUUCUGAAAUGGAGUGCAACUCUGCAUUUAUGCUACUGCCUCGGAUAGUGUUAGAUAAACCUGCGGUGUUGCUGCUA